AUGUCGCGCACAUCAACAGCAGCCGCAACCGGCUUCUUCCAGCACCACGCUGUCUUCCAGCCCUUUUCAGCGCUGCACGACGAACAGGUCGUGCAGAGCGCUCGACGCGCUGCCGCCAAGGCCAGGGAACAAGGCUCGGUUCACGUCUCAUUCGAACCUCAGCUGCAACGAUGGGACACGAACGAGUCUCGAGCGAGCUCAAUAUCCAGCGCUUCUCAGAGCAGCUACGGAAGCUCCCUCUUCGACGCUGAGCGAAGGAGAGGCAGUGCAAACGUGAGUGUGGUCUUCUGUCUUGCUCGCGCAGUCCCCGAGUAGAGAGCUGUGACUGAUACCGUCGAUGUGCUGCUCACCUUCUUAUAGAGCUCCGCUGCCUCUUCUAUUCGUGCCAAAUCCAUCUAUAUGCACGCGUCCAAGGGCUCAGAAGAGACAUUGGCAGACUGUGCCCGCGACGAGGAGGAGGAUAAUGGUUUAAGCCUUCGCAGGAUGCCGGCUCGCCGAUAA